UAUUCAGGUACACAUCUCCCAUGAUCCUUCGCUCUCCGUCCCAAAACAACAACAACGCCAUUUUUAGAGAUCCAAGGCACCUGAAGAUUCAUCGCGUCAGACAGCUCGAGUGCAGGAAUUAGGUCAUUUCACAGUGACACACAGAGAGAGAGAGAAAGAGAGAGAGGGAGGGAGAGAGAGAGAGAGAGAAAGAGGUGGUAAUAAGAAAUGAAAACGUUGUUUAAAGUUGUUUAAAGCAGCUUAGCUAACCAUAAGCUUCAAAUGCGCCACAUCUUGCUGGUUCAGAUGUUUAGGAGCGCGAGCCCAGGCUUAUAGCAACACUGGCUCUUCACUGCUUCAGCAAGACAUCUCUACUGACCAAACGGCAAUCAGAAUGAAAAGAAGAUUAAUCAGACACAAAGAGGCCAGCGGCUCGUCCUGUGAGGAGCGGAUGGAGGUUUGCAAGAAAGUUAGACGUCCCAGCGAGGACUGUGGAGAUGUGGCGUCCUGGGCAUGGUUACCGCAGGAGAUCCUGCUGCGUGUCUUUCAGUACUUGCCCUUGCUGGAUCGAGCCUUUGCCUCUCAGGUGUGCCGUGGCUGGAAUGAAGCUUUUCACAUGCCUGAGCUCUGGAGAUGCUUCGAGUUCGAGCUCAACCAACCUGCAAGCUCCUACUUGAAGGCCACCCAUCCUGAUCUCAUCAAGCAGAUCAUCAAGAAGCACUCGAAUCAUUUACAGUAUGUCAGUUUUAAGGUGGACAGCAGUACAGAAUCAGCAGAGGCAGCCUGCAACAUCCUGUCUCAGCUUGUAAACUGCUCGAUAAAGACCCUCGGCCUCAUUUCCACAGCACGUCCAAGCUUCAUGGAGUUAACAAAGUCCCACUUCAUUUCUGCACUGACUGUGGUGUUUGUCAACUCCAAAUCUCUGUCGUCACUCAAGAUAGACGACACGCCUGUUGAUGACCCAUCACUCAAGGUCCUGGUGGCCAACAACAGUGACACACUCAAACUGCUAAAAAUGAGCAGCUGCCCCCAUGUCUCUCCUGCUGGAAUCCUGUGUGUUGCAGAUCAGUGCCACGGUUUGAGGGAGCUGGCACUGAAUUACCACUUGCUGAGUGACGAGCUCCUCCUUGCGCUUUCCUCAGAGAAACAUGUGCAUCUGGAGCACCUGCGCAUCGAUGUUGUGAGUGAGAACCCAGGUCAGCAGUUUCACAACAUCAAAAAAAGCAGCUGGGAUGCCAUGGUGCGCCACUCGCCCAAGUUCAACCUCGUCAUGUACUUCUUCCUCUAUGAGGACGAGUUUGAGCCCUUCUUCCGGGAUGAGAUUCCUGUCACACACCUCUACUUCGGUCGUUCAGUCAGUAAGGAGGUGCUCGGGCGCGUGGGCAUGAACUGCCCUCGCCUUGUGGAGCUGGUGGUGUGUGCUAACGGCUUGCGUCCUCUGGACGAGGAGCUGAUUCGCAUCGCUGAGCGCUGUACACAGCUGUCGGCCAUCGGCCUGGGCGAGUGCGAAGUGUCCUGCAGCGCCUUUGUGGAGUUUGUGAGGAUGUGUGGGAGACGCCUCACACAGCUCUCCAUCAUGGAGGAGGUGCUCAUCCCUGACCACAAGUACAGCCUGGAUGAAAUCCACUGGGAGGUUUCAAGACACCUCGGCCGUGUCUGGUUCCCGGAUAUGAUGCCUACAUGGUAAGGCAUUUACAAACUUGUUCGAGCGCCAGAUUAUUAUAUUCAUUACCAGCACAUCAAGCCUAUUACUUUACCCUGUAAGGCAGUUGGCAGGAUACAUCAGUGGUGUUUUGGUAGUACUAACAAAAGUGUGUCAGGAGUUUGAGGACACAGUGGUGUAAACACUUUAUUAGUAUAGUAUGGCUUUUUUUUUCUUUUCUGUAUACCUAUGUCUAUAUGCUGACAAUCAUGAAAGAAUAAGCUUUUAUCUAUCUCAUCACUGAAGCCACAGCUGUAUUAUCACAAUUGUACAAUGCAGUGUGGUUCCUUUAUGUAGCUAUAUAUUUCACCUUUUUAGUUUUUUUUUUUUUUUUUUU